CUGCCCCAGGAAGGAAAACAGCACUACCCCAUGGUUGCUGCUACUGAGACUUCAGCUUGAACGGAGCCUGGGCCUCCUCAUCCUUGACAGGAGCAUGGCCCACCGCAGAGUGCAGCCAGCUCUAGGCUGACCUGAAGCAGCAAGGCUGGCUCCCCUCCCCAGGAUUCCCUGGACAAGUAACCAGAAUGAUCCGAGGAUCCUGAAUCACAGUGUCCCAGAAGGAAGAUUUAUCUCUCCUGGUAGAGACCAGGCUGGAGGUGCAGGAGAUGUGGGUGAUGGGGUUGCAAGGCGGCCAUCACCAGCUUCAUCUUGGGGUUCACUUUCACCGUAUUGGCAUCAGCCGACAUGCCUACAUGUGUAACUCGGACCCUGUACUCCCAGGGCAGGACACCACAUACGGCUCGGGCAGGCUAGGAACCAUCUCCAGCUAAAAGCUCUACUGGUAAAGUGCAGAUCGGGGGCUGGACUCUGCUGUCACCCCACAUCCCUACAGCCUCAUGCAUCCGCUCUAUCCUCAAUUCCACUGUAUAGCUUUUUCAAGAGGUUGUCAGCUCUGAAGCUGGCCUGGUAGGAACAAAUUGGGCCAAAGUGGGCAGGAAUUGUGGUGCUGACCCAUGCUCAGGCCUGGCUUGCAGUCCACUGGGGCCCUGGGAAAUGGCACCUCCCAAAGCCGGAGCCAGUGGCCUGUCUUCAGGGUUGUCGCAAUUUCUCUCAAAGGGGGAGGCAGUCAUAGCUCAACCCUUGCAAUCUGUCUGGCUCUGCGGUUCAGCACGGGGGCCCCAAUAGGCAACACAGACCAGCAAUAGCUGUGCUCUGCAUACGGGCACGCAGCCCCUUCAGGAGGACUUCUGUGGGAGCAAAAUGACCCACGGGUGACGCACAGGGCCUCCCUCUUAAGCGCUGCUGACCGGAACCCACCAGACCCACGCUGGACUGUUGCCCACAGCCGUCCUGCAGAGCAUGGUCGCUUCUUCCUUCCUAGACCCAGGAGGCUACUGGCUGGGAAGAGCAACAGCCUACAGCAGCCUCUGCCUUCUCUGCGCCCUUCUGGAAGCCUGUGGUCAAGUUGCUGAGGGGCCUGGGAGUAGGCCCAACUGUGGGGUGGGGGCAUGAGGCCCUGUGCACAACAGCCAUCCUAUAGAUCCAGCUGACUGCUGACUAGAAGCCAACAGGCUGCCAGCCUUCAAGGCUGCCCAGGCCACUGCCCCCACUUCAAGGCUGCCCAGGCCACUGCCCCCACAUUGCUGUAAUGGAAACUUCUCAGCUGCUCUGUGUGCAACAGCUCGGGUUCCUGCCCCAUGGGGAGCUCUAAGAGGCAGCAGAUCGCAAGACCAGGCAGGUGGGCACGCACUCGCGGAGCACAGGAGCCAGGACCAUGUUCCAGUAAAUGAGGUCUGCAGCUCCAGUCUCUCGCUCUAAUUCCCACCCGCGGACAUGCCAUCCAACCAGAGAGAAUGAGUGGGCCACGUGGGGCUCGCAGCCUCCCAGGACUGAGAGGGAUGGGGACAGGAAGUGCCCUCCCUCUAUCCUGAGACCCAGACGGCAAGAAUGUGGAUGCCACGGGGGUGAGCCACAGAGAACUUCAAGGCGUGUGCGGUUCCGAGAGCCCCUGGAGGUGGCUGUCCACUACAUUGCCCGCAAGGACACGACAGCCACCAUCAAGGUCCCCAGCCGGCCAGCUUCCCAUGGUGGCUCUCCACUCCAGCCAGCCUCCUGCAGCGGCUCCUUAUUCCUGUGGCUGAUUCUGUGUGUUCUGCUUGGAGUGGUGCUGGGCCUGUACUGUGGCCAGGUCAGUCGUGUCACAGCAGCCCUGGAGGACCUCUGGGCUCAGCUCCUCGUCCUAAUCUUGCGCCUGUGGCAUGUGGUCCUUGCCUGUUGGCACUGCCUCCUGCCUCUCUGACAACGUGGCUGAACGGCGAUGUGACCUCUGGAGAGCACUGAAGGUUGAUGCUGUUUGGGAUCUGGAGUGGUUUGGGCGAUUGUGCAUGGUGGGGAAGGCCAGGCACUAAGGCUAACCCCAGGACAGAGCUCUGCUAGCCAGUGCUUGACAAACCCAAGAGCUCUAAGAGGUUGCUGUAGAGGUUUAUGUGGGAAAAGAGGGAGGCUCUGGCUUGACGCUACAGGCACCUCCUACUCCAGUCAGCACAGGCUGGGAUCGUGGGAUUUUCAGACUGAAUCAGAGAAAGAACUCGACCAUCAUAGCUGGGGAUUCCUAUGUUCCUGCCCGGUCCUCCAUCUUGGGAGCCAUAGCCUGGAUGUCACCACACUUAGCUCUUUGAGGGUGAGCAUCCCCUGCCUCUGAGGGGCCUUUGGGAAGGCAAGCCCCAAGAUCCUGCUGCUUUGAGGGCUGGGCCCAGUUUAUGCCCCACCAUCAGGGGAUAGGGUGCCUCCCUCCACAGUUCAUGGAGACCACGAGCAUCGUGGACCUAUUCUCUGAGCCCAGGUCCGAAUUCCUCCACUUCAUGCCAAGACCCAUCAGGGGUCACCGUGGUGUGGGAACAGAGUCCAGCUCCGAACACGGUUGCUCUCGGAACAAGUGUAGGCCACGGUGCUACCUCCGCGGCCACACACAAGCCCAAAGCCAUCAGGCCUACCAACCAGCUGCAGGACCAGGGAGUGUCCUGAACCUCUGCAAACCCUGUUCUGUUGCUCAUGUUGAAAGGCCAAGGGGAGCAAGCACAGAGCAACCGCUUCAGAGCAUCCUGGGCCUGCCUGGAGGGGGAGCCCCGAGCACAGCAGGGAGGCCCAGUCAGAGAGCAGAAGGAUCCACCAUGGGGACCCUGCGCCACCCUGGAACUAGCAGAGGAGCAAGGUUUGGGAGCCAGGAUGAGACUUGGGGUUGUCCUCUGAAGGCGCCCCCCUACUUAUGUGGGCAGGCAGAGAUCCCAUAUUAAAAUACCUGCAGCCUCUUCAACCUCGGGAUUAUUACAAAAAACGAACAGAGCGAAACACUGUGGAGGAAUCCCCCUCCAGGUCCAAGUAUGUUAAUCCAGGUGCCAGAGCGCACUCCUACCCCUCUACCCGCUCACCCCCACAGCCCACAGGUCAUGAGAAGUCAGGGGGCCCACCGUACCUCCGGGACCACAUCCUCCCCCAGAGAGACAUGCCAAGAUUCCCAGAUCACUGGGGUGCAAUUUGCCCCUCUCUGGCCUUCAGGUGCCCCAUAGAGCCCAGGGGAGAGAACCCCUUCUCUAGAAGGCCUCAAGAAGUGGUCUAAAUAGGACCAGCCUGGAAAGCCCCUCACCAGGAUUGGCCAUCAUCAUGGUUACUGUUGCACUAGCCCAGGUUACCCCAGGACUUGCCCCAUCACAUCCUACCCUGGUCAAAGACAGGCUUGUUACUGGUUUGUAUUCCAUGUAGAUAGCAGACAUUAGAGGCAAGAUGACAGACCUCUAGACCACUCUUCCAUCCCUGCUUCUGAUGGAGAACGCCCUUCAGGAGGGGUGUUGAUCACAUCUCCCAUGUUUUACAACGGAGAGCCAGGGCUUCCCACCUCAUAGCCAGCACAUGCUGCAAUGGCCACAGGAAAGCCUGCCCGCUCACUUGCUCUGUAAGGGCCACAGAACAGCCCCAGGUAGUUCUGGGUUUCGAUUGGCUUUGUUUCAUUUUUACAGUGCAAACCCAGCACAGCCAGGCAAAGAGUCUGCCAUUGCUCCAUCGCCAGCCUUAUUUUGUCUUAGAAUAAAUAUUCAAAGACAUACACAGUGA